AUCCAACUGUAAAGCAAUCUCACAUUGGAUACAGAGCAAUAAAUCAACAUUUACAAGAACAAUUCAAAAAAAGUAGGCAUUGUUUGAAGAUAGGAAUGCUAAAAGAAAAAGAAACCCAUUUCCUGAUUUGUAUUUCCAAUUCGUUUUCUUGCUGAAUCCAGGGACUAGAUCAAGAGAAUUUGAGAUACUCAGAAACUGAAACAAGAGAAAAGAAAGCAUGCCUUCAAGGCCUUUAUCUCCAGGUUCAAACAUGCCAAGACCAAGUUUCCUCAACAAGACAAGAGUUAUAUUCUUGGUCUUAACUAUCUCUUCUUCCGCUGUUAUCCUCUUUACUAUAAUUUACUUCCUUUACCAUCUUUGGAACUCUCUUUCAAACCGAGCUAGAACCAUCCCUUUUGACUCCAGUGCUCCUCUCAAGCUCCAAAGGUUUUGUUACAAGGACUUGAAGAACGCUACCGAUGAUUUCGAUGACGCAAAUAUCAUAGGCAAAGGUGGUUCAGGCACCGUGUUUCGUGGCAUUGUCAGUGAUGGUAAAUUGUUUGCAAUCAAAAGGCUUGACACGCUCUCCUUGCAAACCGAGAGAGAGUUCCAAAACGAGUUGCAGAUUCUCGGUGGGCUAAGAUCACCUUUUCUGGUCACCCUUUUGGGGUAUUGCGUUGAAAAAAACAAGCGUUUGCUUGUUUACGAGUAUAUGCCUAAUAAAAACUUGCAAGAAUCACUUUUUGGAGAUGGUAAUUUGAGCAUGAAUUGGCAGAGAAGAUUUGAUGUCAUCCUCGAUGUUGCUAAAGCUCUCGAGUUUCUUCACUUGGGUUGUGAUCCUCCGGUAAUUCAUGGAGAUAUCAAGCCCAGCAAUGUGUUGCUUGAUUCUGAUUAUAGAGCAAAGAUCUCAGAUUUUGGGUUGUCGAGAAUUAAGGUAGAAGGUGAGUUUGGAGUGGAUUUGUUCAGUCAAGAGCUAUGGAAGAGCCAAGAGUUGUCUGGGUCUUUGGGAGGAACUACUGGUGAACACAAACCAGCUAUUGGGACUCCUAUGGAGAGUAACAACACCGAGGUAGACUUUGCCCUUGCUUUACAAGCUUCUUCUUCUUCAAUAAAUAGUACAAAGUGUUAUAAUGUUAGGGCCCUGAGUUUAAGUUCUUUGAAUUUUAAUGCAAACUUAGCCAGUGAUAGUGCUUGUAAGGGUGGGAUUAAUGGAAAAGGGAAGGAGGUUACCUGUGUGGAUACUGGUGGGGAUGAUUGGAAUACUAAGUUUGUGCCUUAUGAUGAUGAGUUGGGUAGUAUUGAUCAUAGUAAGGAGCUGAAUUCUGGUGCAAAUUUGGGUGCUGAUGAGGCGUCAGGUACGCCGGCCAGUAUGAAACAAUGGGGAAAGGAUUGGUGGUGGAGGCAAGAUGGUAGUGGUGAAUUGUGCAGUAAAGAUUAUGUUAUGGAGUGGAUUGGGAGCCAAAUAUGUCCAUCAAAUCCUGAUUGGGAUGAUGAGAAAAGGCAAGUCCUGAGAAAAGAGUUGGGCAAUUCAACUCAGUUGGAUAAGUUAGAUGUUGGUGAACCCCAGAUGCAAGGACUUGACUUUGAUGCUUUGGAUAAGGGUUUCGAGAAGAAAGAACCUAAAUCAAAAGAAAGGAAAAACAGGAAAAAGACGCACAGGAAGAUGCAAGAAUGGUGGAAAGAUGACCAUUUAGGUGAGACAAGGAAAAAGGAUAGUAAGCUGAGGCAGCUUAAGAUUAAGUGGAAGAAAGGGUUUAAAAUGCCACAUUUUGAUCUGGAAAGGGGGUUUUAUUUCAGCCGGAGCAAGAAGUUCGGGGAACCGGAUCAAGAUGCCUGUGAUGCGAAUGGAGAGUUCAGUUUUAGAAGGGGAUGGAGGAGAAAGAACAACAAUUCCAUUGAAAGCGACAUGUGGAGUGGGGAUCUUUUCAGUCGUGAGCUAAGCAGCACGACGAGCAUGAGAGGGACUUUGUGUUAUGUUGCGCCGGAGUACAGUGGGUGUGGCUACCUAAUGGAGAAAGCUGAUAUUUACAGUUUAGGAGUUUUGAUCCUUGUGAUCGUAUCUGGCAGGAGGCCAUUGCAUGUCCUUGCUUCACCUAUGAAGCUCGAAAAGGCAAACUUAAUAAGCUGGUGUAGGCAUUUAGCUCAAUCCGGAAACAUAUUAGAGCUCGUUGAUGAGAAAUUGAAAGAUGAAUACAAUAAGGAGCAGGCAAGCUUGUGCAUAAAUCUAGCACUUAGUUGCCUGCAGAAAAUGCCCGAAUUGCGACCGGAUAUCAUGGAGAUUGUAAAGAUCUUGAAAGGGGAGAUGGAUCUCCCACCAGUUCCGGUGGAGUUUUCUCCGUCUCCGCCAUCUAAAUUAUACAGCAGAUCAAGGAGAAAACAGAAGGCCAAUGCAGAUUAGUUUAUUUUUGGUCAUCCUUCAGUUUUGGUUCUGCUUUUGCUGUCAUGUUUGGAGUUUUGGUGACUGUUGAUGAGUGUAAUAUAGGAUUUAGAUGAUAUUGAUUGCAAAGUUGUGACUUGAAAACGUAUAUGGGGAGGGACUGAAGGUGUGUAUUAUGAUGAUGUUGUAUGUAUAUUAUAUGAACUAUUUCUACUUUGUUUU